UGAGGGGUGUGGGAGUAUAAAAGGGUAAAUGUAGGGGCGGUCGGCCCCGGCUAGUCACUAACAUCUCCUGCGUUUGGUCUGAAUUGAGGGUUGCGGUCUUUGUGGUUUUAAAGUGUGCGGCUGAUUCCCCUCCCCUUCCCUUUAUACCUGCGGCUCAGAGUGCAGCGAGGAGAUUACAAUGGUGCAGCUCUCCCCUUCCCCUGUCCUUUGUCUCCCUACUCCGGAUAAGACGGAUGAGAAAAUGAGGGUGGAGGAGAAGCAGCAGCUUCAGCAGCAGCAAGAGGAAAGCCCAAAGCUAGAGCAGCAGAUAGGCCUGAGCUCCUUGCAGCUGGCACUCUCUGCUGCAACCACAACCUACCAGGGCUAUGAUACUUACAUCGAGGAUGGUCUCCUCUGCCUCAAGCACAAGAUUCGCAACAUUGAGAAAAAGAAGCUGAAGCUGGAAGAUUACAAAAAACGUCUCGGUGAUGGAGAAACCCUAAACAUGGACCAGAUGGAGGCAGCUGAGAAGUAUGAGGAAGUUGUUCACAAUCUUAAAUUUGCUAAAGAACUGCAUAAAACCUUUAAUGCACUCAGUCAGGAUCUUUUAAAAGCUCAGAAGAAGGCAGUACGACGUGAGCAAGUCAUGAAGACUGAAGCAGAGAAAAAGCGUUUGCGCACUAUCUUUCAGGUGCAAUUUGUUCUUCAGAGCCUGGAACAGGAACACGUGAAGAAAGACUUUCGAAGUGGUCUUAAUGGGGCUUUCUUUCUCUCUGCUAAAGAACUUGAGUUUUUGAUCAGGUUCUCAAAGAUGGCUUCUUUGGAGCGAAAUGAGUGCAUGAGCUUGGAGGACCAGAUGGAUCAGGCAGCAGUCAGCUUUUGGGAGUUGCUGGAAGGAAAUGAGAAAGCUGUGGCUGGUACCACGUAUAAGCAUUUGAAAGACCAGUUGGCACGCUUGUUAGACUGUGGGUACUUUGAUCACAUCCCGGCCCCUCACAAUGAGAUGCCAGAGGAAGAGGAAAAAAAGGGGACCACAAAUACUGUGAAGCUCGAUUCAUCAACCAAGAUAACAAAUGAAAUGCCUAAACUGAGUGUGUCUGAACCAUCUGUACCAACUCCACAAAAGAAUGACCUUCCUAUUCGAGAGUUUAUUAAUAGACGCUACCAGCCAGAAACAGAGUAUAAAGUUCAAGAACAGUCAGAAAAAUCUUGGAAGACAAAGUUGUCAACAGUGAAUCAAGAACCUCCCGAUUCAUGGGAGAUGCAGCUUCUUGAUGAUGAUUCGCCACCACCACAGCCUUCACCCCCUAAACAAUGGAGAGCUGCUGCCACACUUGUGCCAAAGGAUGCAAUGGAACUAAAGGGAUGCAUUUCAGAACCAAAGCUGAAACGUGGACGGAAGCCUAAAGCUGAACAAGUUAAAAUGCAGACACAAAAGAGAACCAGUUCUCCUAUUGCAGUAUUCAACUCUCCUUCUUCCAUUCCAAAAGAUCCUCUUUUGAGAAAAGAGAAACUGCAAGACUUGAUGGCAGAGAUUCAAGGAUCCUUCAGUUUUAUGCAGGACUCUGAUUUGGACUGUGAGAGUUCACCAAAUACUAAGCCUUUAAGUCAGUCUUCUGUGCUUGCUGCCUCCACCCCCAGAGCACCAAGGGAACUGAAGCUCCUCCCACCAGCUAUUAAGACUUCUCCAUCUGCAGUCCAUACUUCUGGGACUCCCAAAACUAACAUGAUAAAUGGAGAAAGGGCUCUGAGUGACUUUGAAAUGGACCUUGCCACAGAAGAAGCUGCAGAGGAAUCUCUGCCACUGGAGACUGAGCCCUAUGUUUCCUCCUCUCCUGUGUAUCAGAAUGAGUCCAAUGCAGAUAGUGCCCUGGAGUCCUCUCAGGUUGCCUCAUGUUCAUUGCCACCUACUGUAUCUCAAGGGCAAGUUUUUUCAUCUCCUCCCACCAGUAACCAUACCAUAAGCAUAACUACCUCUCCUUUCAAAGCUAUGCAGACUGUCUUUAAAGUUGAUGCUCCUUUACCUCCAAGAGAGUCUGAGCUGAAAUCAGACACUGUUUCAUACCAGGAAUCUUGCAGUCAGACGUACUCCACAGCUAGCACUCAGACACCCCCUCAGUGCUCCAUACUUGAUCAAACCACCCCUAUACUUGAAAGCAUUACUCCAGUAACGUCUUAUCAAUCAGACUGUCCUGUGAGCAAUGGUUGCCAUGGGUAUCUGUCACCUGGUCAAACUAAUACUUUCCCUCGUUCCAACCAAGCCUUCUACAAUGGCCGUGGUGCAGUCAGAGGAACAGUACGUGGAGGAAGAGGCCUGACGACAAACUCUUAUCGUUCACCUAGUGCAUAUAAAGCUCCCUUUGAAGGUUAUAGAGGUGGAGUGCAGUCACCCAGUGGAAACUACAUUCAGCCAUAUCCUGGAAGAGAAUAUACAACAAUGCUGUAUGGGUCAAGGGAAACAAGUUUUCAGCAAAACUAUAAACGUGGAAGUGCAACUAUUGGGCAAAGAACCAACUCUAGAGCAGGGUGGAGUGAUUCUUCACAGGUGAGCAGCCCAGAAAGGGACAAUGAGACUUUCAACAGCAUUGACUCUGGCCAGGGGGAUUCGCGUUGCCUCACUCCAGUUGAUAUGCCUGUGACAAGCCAAGCACCUGCCCUCCUUCCAGUGCAUGUCUACCCACUCCCCCAACAGAUGCGUGUUGCUUUCUCUGCUGCCCGCACAUCAAACUUUGCUCCUGGCACGUUAGACCAGCCUAUAGUCUUUGAUCUCCUUCUCAAUAACCUUGGAGAGACUUUUGAUAUGCAAAUAGGAAGGUUCUCCUGUCCUGUUAGUGGAACCUAUGUAUUUAUCUUCCACAUGCUGAAGCUGGCAGUCAAUGUGCCACUUUAUGUGAAUCUCAUGAAGAAUGAAGAGGUCUUGGUAUCGGCAUAUGCCAAUGAUGGCGCUCCUGAUCAUGAAACUGCCAGCAACCAUGCUGUGCUUCAGCUGUUUCAAGGAGACCAAAUCUGGCUCCGUUUGCACAGAGGUGCUAUUUAUGGGAGCAGCUGGAAAUAUUCCACUUUCUCUGGGUACCUUUUGUACCAGGAUUGAAAUUUUCUGUAGUGAGCACCGAGGAAUAAAAUGUGGCUUCAAUGCUUUACACGAAAUGUAGAAGGAUGGAUUUCCUCCCUCUCCUAACACAGAUGGUAAAUGUUGGGCUUUGGCAUUUAAUCCCAGUCAUUGGCUACCACAUGUGGUGUUUCAAAGUAAAUGGCCUCAUCUUUUGAAAAAUGGAAUGGCUUUCUUCUUUCGAAUCUAAGAUGGUACCAAGUUAAUCAAGAGGAUGAUCUUCAGGGAUGAUCGCAAGUAAACUGACCUUUAUGCUACAGUAUGUGCCAAAAGUCUUUACCAAAAUUCCAGGUCAAUACAAUGGACUUGAUCUGGGAGAUAGCUCUGUUACAGAAGAACCAUUUUUCACCUCUUCUAAAACAUGAUCAAGAGACUAAACAUGUGGGUUUAAUAUAAUCUAUACUUAAAGCACUUUAAAAUGUUUUAAUGCUGCCUUGCUUGGAGGGGGGAUGUUGAAAUGACAAGCUGGGGAAACUUGAUAUGCUCACUUCUGGGCUAUAUACCUCAUUGUGCCUACACAAAUAAACAAUGUGCAAUUAA